AUGGAGUCGACGCCGACGGCGCCCGCCCGCUGCGAGAUCGCGCGCCUGCCGGAUGACCUCCUGUCGGCGACGCUCGCGCGGACCGGGCCGCGGGACGCCUGCCGCGCCGCUGUGGUCUCGCCGGCCUUUCGCGCCGCGGCCGACGCCGACGCCGUCUGGUCCAGCCUCCUGCCGCGCCACCUGCCCCCGCUCGCCAACGGGGAGCUCCCCGCCGAUCCGCUGCCCACCAAGAAGCAGCUCUUCAUGCGACUCUCCGACCCCGGCAGCCCCGUCCUCCUCGCCGACCGCCUCACGAGCAUGUGGUUGGACAGGGCGACCGGCGCCAGGUGCUACAUGCUGUCCGCCAGGAAGCUGGGCAUUGCUUGGGGCGAUACGCCGCAGUACUGGCGCUGGAUCCCCAUCAACCUCUACAGAAUCUCGGAAGCUGCUGAACUCCGGCAUGUCUGGUGGCUGGAAAUACGCGGCGAGAUUGACAGCAAGAUGCUCUCCCGGCACACAACAUAUAGCGCUUACAUCGUGUUCAGUCUAGCUCAGAGGCGCCUCGGGCUUUAUUACACAUGCAAGGAGGCGUCCGUCAGCCUCGGAGGAAGCAGCAGGUCGACGCGCCGCGUCUGCCUCGACGUUGGCCACAACCGCGCGGAUACAUGGCCGUCGUUGCGCGGUGACCUUCCUGAAGACACACUCUUCCCUCGAGUGAGAGGUGAUGGCUGGAUGGAGGUGGAGGUGGGCGAGUUCUGUAGCGGGGAAGGCGACGAUGGUGAGGUUUCCAUCAGCCUUAUGGAGACGUCAGUCAUUAAGAGUGGCCUUGUUGUCCUGGGCAUUGAGAUUAGACCCAAGGAACAAGGGGUUUGA